GCAGCGAGAGAGAGAGAGAGAGAGAGAGAGAGAGAGACAGAGUGAGUGUGCUCGUUCAUCCCAGGUAUUACCCGUAGCCACUGAGCCAUGCGCGCUGACAAAUGUGAUGUGAAGUGCCCCUGAAAAGGCGCGUUAUCCAGACCCAGGAGUUACUCCUAACAUCUGCUCCCUAUGAAGAAGCAAGCGACUCUCUGCAAACGCGAGGCACUCUGCUUAUUGUGUCUUGUGUUACUGCUGCCAGUUAAUGCAUCGGAUUCAUGGCGUGCUUACAGCGAAAACGCAAAAGCAGCCAUACAGAGAUGUCGGGAAAUGAUCGAUCUACUGAAUGAUAAUCUGCUCCCAAGUAUGGUACAGUAUGAAGUUUUAACAGAUAUAGAUGCUAAAAAUCUGAAUAAUUGCUGUUUCAUCAGCAUCACUACUCAACAGCUGAGCAACACCUUCGACCACCUAUUGAGUAACUUUCAAAAUGACUCAAAUAAUUACAAAUAUACCAAGCAAAUAACAAAGUGGCUGUCAGCAAUUUACUCUGGGGACGAUGCUAUAGUCAAGUGUCCUGGACCAUGUUCGAUGCCAACACCAAGGAUUGUCACAGGAUGUACAACUGACCUUUUUGCAUACAUUAAAGCUAUCAUGCUUCAGUAUGAAUACUUACUGGAUCAAAACGACUCCCAAGUUCAAGCCUCAAACGAUCUCAGCUUCCUGAGAAAUCACAGCACUUUCCCUGAUUUGAACUCUUGUGUGACUAACCUUCACAAUGGAUCAAGCUCGAACAACUUCUUCACAAACUUAUGCUCUCAGUACUCGCCUGGUACAAGCCCACCACAGCCCUCCAGUUCCACGGUCCCUCCUACACAGACUGCAAUGGUGACAGAAGACAAGAGUGGGGGACCCGCCAUCAAUGAGAAAAUGUCAACAACCUGGCCACCUCAUCACGACAUCACCUUAUCACAAACAGCAACUGCUAGUGUUGGACUGGCACCUAAAGCACAGUCCAUGUCCCGCCCUGCUGUAUCCUACUCACAGAUUUUCGAUGUCACCCGUAGGAAAGACAAAAAUACUGACCCAAAUAAAGAUGGAAGUUACAGCAAGAACAAAAGCUCUGUAUUCACCAUAAUCAUUGCUUUAUUAUUAGUGAUGAUCUCGGUAAUCAUUUUCACCUACGUAUUCCGGAAGAUCAGGAUACGGAGGAGGAACUACAGAGAAUAUGCUUUGCAAGGUUUUGACCUAGAACCUAGUAAUUACUCUGUGGAAGAACCCUAACGACCUGUAAAGGAGCAGAAGAGCGGUUUUAUGGGGUAUCUGGCUUCUAUGAAGCAGACAGUGAUUGCAUUCUUCCCAUAUUAUUGAUGGACCCGGAACGUGUCAUGAAUUUUCCCAGAGAAACUUGCUGCCUGAACUCCUUGUGAAGUGCUGGCUACUGACUGCAGCUCGCCAUGUUUUGACCCAAACAGUUUCAGCACUGAUGAGAAGCCAAACAAUGAAUGUAGGACCCCUGCCACAUACAAAGACACUUGUUUAUUAUUCAAUAUCUGUAACUGGGAAACAUGAAGAGGACUUUUCUUUUCACAAGGUAGUUUGACGCGAAUACUUGUACUCUUCCUCUGUUGUUUUGGGCUAAAGGAGCAGAAACUGCCCACUGUCGGAGACAGUUCGAGCAACCAGAUUGGUUUCUGCAAAAGGAUGAACACUGGAUGAGAAGUUCUUUUUAUAUUAAGAAACAAAUGUUGCAUAAAAAGUAGAUAGUAGCUGAAGAGAAACAACAUAUUACUGAUUCAACAGACCAGAGUUGCCAUAGUCUGACUUCAACAAGUCACUAGUUAAUGAGCAUGUCAUGAUAAUAUAUCACCACUGAGUUCCCGUGAAGUAAUAUUGCUGUCAUUCCACUAAUUAUCAGUCACCUAGUCAUUGCUAACUAACAGAAUACCUAGUUUUCUGGUCCACUCAUGUCCAAUCAGGUAGAGCAAGUAGCUCAGAAGUCUAACAGAAUGUAAUUGUUUAUUGCUAAUGGAAUCAAAUGCAAAAGCAGGAGGUUAUGCAUCAGUACAGGGUAUUGAUGAGACCACAUCUUAAGUGCUGUAUGUAGUUUUGGAUGUUAAUGCAUUGGAAGCAGUUCAGGGAAGGUCAAAAUGUGAAAUGGGCAGAUUGUCCUCUAAGGAAAGGUUGAAGAGGCUGGGCUUGCAUCCGCUGAAGUUCAGAAAGGUGAGGGAGUUUGAUUGAAAUAUAAAGUGUUUUGAUGGUGUAUGUGGAAAUCCUGAUGGUGGUUGUAUGGCUCUAAGAGGCACAGAGAGGGUCAGAAUCUUUUUUCCAGGGUGGAAAUGUCAAAUACCAGGGGACAUGCAUCUAAGGUGAAGAGGGGGAAAUGAGUGGGGCAUCUUUUUCACUGUUCAUCCAGUGGUGGGUGCCUGGAACGGGCUUCUAGGGGUAGUGGUGGAAGCAGAUACGAUAGUGGCGUUUAAGAGGUUUUUAGAUGGGCGCAUGAAUAUGUGGGGAAUGGAGGGAUGUGGAUCAUGUGCAGGCAGAAGGGAUUUGGUUUAAUCUGACAUUGUGUUUGGUGCAGGCAUUAUGUUUGGUGCAGACAUUGUGGGUCAAAGAGCCUGUUCCUGUGCUGUACUGUUCAAUGUUCUAUAAAAAUGUUUGAUUCCCUCCGGUGUUGACCCCACUAGUGAUGGAAGGCAUUCAGGAAGACACUUCAUUUGCACAGUUUAUGCACUCAGCCACCUCUCCAAUCCUGGAAGCCACUGGGGCAGGGGAUAUCUGUGCCAACCAACUAUGCCAGUCAGCAGUGCAGGAACUUGCAAAGGUGCUUCUGAUGCCUUCUUGGGACCAAAUAAAAAUCCGUCCCAGAAAUUUCCUGUAAGCCCUGAAGAUCUGGGAUAAGCCAGUUCUCGGCCAUUUUCCUUGUAAUGCUGCCAAGCUACUGUGGAGCUCUGAGGCCUUUCAGUUCUGUCAGAUGUAAAAUAAAUGUACAUAAUUUAACAACUAUAGAGUAGGUCACAUUCUGUAAAAGCCAUGUUAAAGUGCUUCCUAACCAUGUUCUUUCGCUGAACGUUUAAAGGCUGAUAUUCUGGCAUUUUAUUAGAAAUAACACUGGAAACUGCUCCAACAUGAAGAGUUGACAGAACACAUAAUACACAGCACUGUAAAAGGCUUCAAGCCUGCCGUAUACUAAUUACUUUAUUAAAGUAAAAGCUAGAUUUUUGGAUUCGGUACACCCCAGCAUUACAGAUAGGUUGCGUUCCUAGAAAACUGUCCAUAUCACGAUUUUCCGUAACACGAACCCUUGACCAAAAUUGUUGUCUGUUUUGUAUUUUGUGGUUAGUUAUUUUUUUUCUCACCCUAAGUUCCGUAUCAUACAGCACAGAAACAAGCCCUUCGGGCCAACUCAUCCAUGUUGACCAAGGUGCCUACCUGAGCUAGUUCCAUUUACCUGCAUUUGGCCCAUUUCUCUCUGAACUUUGAACCACAGUCCAUCCCAAUGGGUCCCGUCUGCAAGGUUAGAGGGCUGGAUGGAAUUGGUGCUCCACAGUACCUAGAGGUGGGCACUGGAACAUGACUAUUUACAUUUUGUGUGCAGUUCUGUUCAUCCCAUUGCAGGAAGGAUGUGGAGGCCCCAGAGAGGGUGCACCAGUAUGCUGCCUGGGUUAGAGGAUAUGAGCCAUAAGGAGAGUUCGGACAAACCUGGCCUUUUGCACCCGCUGGCUGAGGCGAGACCUGACAGAAGUCCACAAAAUUAUGAGAGGCAUAGCUAGGGUAGACAACCGGUAUCCCUUUCCCAGGGUAGAAAUGUCAAAUACCGGAGGAGUGAAUUUUUAUUCCAUACUUCAUAUUUUCGGUGGUGAUUUGUGAAUUCGUUAAGGGCGAACUUCCGUUGCCCAAAAGCCUGUAACGUGGGGGUCUUGCGUACUUUAGAUUUUAAAGGUCUCCAGCAACAUUUUCCAUUAAGUAAAAGGUCUGUUGUGGGAGCAUGAGGGAUCAAAUAGCUUACUGCUGCCUCUUUUUCUUAUGUGAAGCACUAUUAUGUUUGUUUAUGAGUUAAUUUAUCUCUAUUUCCAGCUUCUCAAGCACUUCAAACAUCUUUAAAUGGUCAAAGCAGCACACCUCUGUUCACGGGGUUCUGUAAUCAUACAACACAGUAUGACUCUGUAGAAUGUAGCCAUGCUAUGUAAAUAAUCUUAACUAAGCCUAAAAGGUUUUAACGUUUCAAUGUACUCUUACUGCAAGGUAACAAUAACUAUUACUGUAAUUAAUGCAUUGUCACUGUAUUCUUGCUGUAACUAGUGUCCUCUUACUGUACUGCUGUAUGGCCUGGAGAGGUUUUAGAGGUUAUCCUGUGGCAGGCUUUUAAGUGCAGACCUUUGCAAUUGACAACACGGGCCUUUGAAACAUCAUGCAGUUAAUGUGCAAACUGAUAUAUCUGAAGUGUGUAUAACUGCAUCCGAUUUCAUACAUAAACAGUCUACUAAACACAA